AUGAAGUUUAUCACCUCCAUCCUCUUCGUCGCACUCGCCGUCGUUUCUUCCGUUGCUGCGGAGGGCUGCUUCACCAGCGGCCAACCCGGAAAUUGUGACGAUGCUGCGUACAAUUUCUGCCAGGAGAUGCUCACCAUUAACGGUGGCCAACUCGGUGACAGUGAACGGCGGCAGCGCUGCUAUGACACGUCAAGAGGAUACAAAUGUGAUAUGCGUGCACUGAACACCAAAAGCUCGACGAGGACGAUAACUACGUCGGACUGUGCUGGGGCGAUGUUCGUCAAUGGGAACUGUGAUAACGGAGGGAAGAAGACGAUUAAUGGAAUCGAAUAUACUGCUGAUCCUAAUGAGGGUGUUUGCUAGACUUGUACAGAAAUCUGCAAAUGAGGACAAUAAUGGCACAUAAUUUUGAUUUUUUAAACAGCCAGAAGUAUCGCUCCUACUCAUUAGCAGAUCUACAAAUAUAUUGUUUCUUCAUAGCCUG